UGAGUGAGGUGGUUUGCAGAGAAGAUGGGUGAUUGGAAAGCAGCUGAGAAACUCCAGGAGAAAUGAAGCUCGUCCCUCCAUGAGCUACUCCUGCCUGAAGGUCCCAGAGGAGAAUGAGAAGCAUGAGAAGCUGCGCCUGGAGAGGGAGCAGGAGCAGAAGAAGGCCAGCAAGGCCAGCGCCCCGCGGGCCAACAGCGCCCUGUCCCCGGAGGAGUCCCGGAGCGAACUGCUGGUGCCCGUGUCCCCCCCGGCCCCGGUGCCCCCGCCGCCCCCGCCCCUGGCAGCCCCCAUCUCAGUCAUUCCCAUCCCCGUGGUCACCAGUUCCCCCCAGCAAGCGGCCCAGACCGCCCUGUCCCCCCCGCUCGUGCAGCGCCACCAGCCCCUCGUAAGCACUCCCAGCGUCCCCAAGGAACCCUCGUCGGUGGCUCCGGUGAUCCAGAGGCCGCCGGGCCCACACCUGCCGGAUGGCAAAGCUGCCACCCCGCCCUCGGGCAGCCCCAAGCAGCUGCAGCAUUACCCAGCACCCGUCCUGGCCAUCUCCCAGCACCACGUGGUCCCGCAGCCCAUCCAGCCCCUGCAGCCCCCGGCGGCGCCCGCGCCCCUCGGCGCCCUGAAGCUGGCCCCGGCCGACGACCUGAAACCCAUCGAGCUCAAGAAGAGAAUCGGAGGGGUUGGGACCAGGGAAGUACAUAAUAAAUUGGAGAAGAACAGACGUGCACAUUUGAAAGAGUGCUUUGAGACUUUAAAGCGCAACAUCCCCAACGUAGAUGACAAGAAGACCUCAAACCUCAGCGUCCUCAGGAGUGCCUUGAGAUACAUCCAGACUUUAAAGAGGAAGGAAAAAGAAUAUGAGCACGAGAUGGAGCGGCUGGCGAGAGAGAAGAUCGCGACCCAGCAGCGACUGGCAGAGCUGAAGAACGAGUUGAGCCAGUGGAUGGACAUCUUGGAGAUUGACAGGAUUGUUCGACAGACAGUUCAGCCAGAGGAUGACCAGGCAUCUACCUCGACAGCAUCAGAGGGUGAAGACAACAUCGAUGAAGACAUGGAAGAUGACAGGCCAGUGAACUCGUUACCAAAACUUACCCAGCGCCAGCACCCAGAGCUGCUGAAGGCUGUGCCCCCGAGUGCUGCUGCCCCCCUGCCCGCGGUCCUGCCCCCUCACCUGUCCAUCCAGCAGAAGCCCCAGGCCCAGCCCCCCCUGCAGACGCAGGCCCUGGUCCCGCCGCAGGCCAUCGUCCCCGCACAGACUCACAUCGUGGCGGCCUCCACCGUGCAAUCGACUGUUAUCGCCCACACGGCCACCACCCACGCCUCGGUCAUCCAGACUGUCAACCACGUCAUUCAGGGCCCACAGACCAAGCACAUCGCUCACAUCGCACCUUCCACGUCCAGCCCCGUGCAACUCACCACCGCCGCUCAGCCCAUCGGCCACAUCACUGUGCACCCCGCCACCAUCAACCACAUGGCCCACCUGGGCCCGCAGCUGCCCCUCUACCCCCAGCCCGUGGCCGUCAGCCAGCCCGUGGUGAGCCACAUCGCCCACACCAUCUCGCACCAGCAGGUGAACGGCACCGCGGGCCUGGCCCAGCCCGUGGUGGCCAAGCCGGCCGUGGGGACCCAGGUGGUGCAUCACCCACAGCUGGUGGGGCAGACGGUCCUGAACCCCGUGACUAUGGUGACCAUGCCCUCGUUCCCCGUGAGCACGCUGAAGCUGGCCUAGAGGGGACGGCCCACGGCAAGGCCUUCGUUGGGAACCUUUCCUAAGGAAACUCCAUACAUUCCAACCGCGUCCGGCUCGGCGGGAGGGAAGCCGAGCUGGGCUGGGCUGUGCUCAGCUGCCCAGGGCCCAGCCUGUGCCCAGUGCCCAGUGCCCAGUGCCCAGCCUGUGCCCAGUGCCCAGCCCACCACCGGGGACGGGGCUGCUCCGCGCUCGGAUUCGCUCAUCUGAGAAACUUCAGAGACAGUUGUUCAUGGUGAUUUUUUUUCCUUUUAUGUGUAAUGAGUGAACUAUGGAUAUGAUGUUCUUAAGACUUUAAUUUUGCCCUCUUAUGUGUUGCUUCUUUGUAGAAUAAAAAAUUUGCUGAUCUCUUUAUCGAGACGUUGCGUAGAAUGGGAAAAAAAAAUCAUAGAAGUCUAUAUUUAUAUAUAUGUGUGUAUGUGUGUGUAUAUAUAUGUACAUACAUAUAUAUAUAAAUAUAACAUUUGAAGGCCUUUUGUAAGGUUGAUUAUUUUGCAGGAUUAUGAGACAAAAUUCAUUUUUGGAGGAAGAAGAUAGAGUGUCCUCUCUAAACAAGAAACUUUAAGAUAGAUGGUUUGGUGGACCAGGGUACCUCUAUAGUGACAAAAAACCCCAACAACAAACCACAAGUCAAACCAUUUUAAAGGUAUUUCCCAUCAAUAUAUUACAUUUCAAAAACCAUCUAAAAUCACUGUGACUUGUUAUGGCAUUUUAAGGAAAUUCUCUGUCCUGUCUAAUAAAAGGAAAAAGAAUACACAACCGGACUUCAUUUGUUGCCGUUUUAUAAAUGACUUGAUUUUUA